AAGAGAGAGAGGCAGAGCCAGAGAGCGAGAGCCAUGGACGGCGUUUGGAUGUUUUUGGGGAACAAAGGCGUCAAGAGCUAAAAUGAUUUGGCACAGCAGCGGCGAUAUAUUUUGGAUACGCAGCCAAAGCCAAAUCCAAGCCAUCCAAAACGAUAACCAAUUCCAACUCCAAUCGCUCUGUGUAUGUGUGUGUCUCGACGAAAAGCCGUGGAAAAAGACGCACGCACACACACGCACACAGAGGCAUCAGCAGCAGCAGCAGACAAAGCAUCGUUUUGCGGGUGCGAGCGAGAGGCAAUAGCGCCUUAGUGAAUAAUUCUUUUAAGACUGUCCUGCAGAAUGGUCGUCGGCUCGAAUCACACGCGGCGCGGUGAAACUGGCAGCAGAUUUACAAACAGCAGCAGCUCCAGUGGCUCAAACGGCGGUGGUUCCACCGCUUCGGCCAGCAGCACCACCAGCGCAACGUCUUCACUAGCCACCAAUUCCAAUUCCACGUCGACGGCGACUGCGGCUGCGGCUCUGUUGUCGUCCAUGUCCCACAAGGGUCAUGGCCCACCGCCAUCCGCCCCGCCAUCUGCGCACCACCAGGCGAAUCAGCACCACCAUGAUCCUCAUACCCCCCACUAUCAGCAGGCGAAUCAGCAUCCCAGCAGCCACCACCAUCAGUCGAAUGGCAGUGGAGGAGGAGGAGGAGCCUCAUCAGGAUCGGUGGUCAGUGGACUCAAUGGCUGCAACGGCAGCGCCGUCAGCCGCCUCUCGCAAUCCACUGGGAUGUCGCCGCGUGAACUCUCCGAGAACGAUGACCUGGCCACAUCGCUGAUCCUCGAUCCGCAUUUGGGUUUCCAGACCCACAAGAUGAACAUACGCUUUCGCCCCUUGAAGGUGGACACGCAGCAGCUGAAGGCCAUUGUGGAUGACUUUAUUCACACGCAAAACUACGAUGUGGCCAUUCAGCGGAUCUACGAUGGUCCCUGGAUACCGCGUCAUCUCAAGAACAAGAACAAGAUAGCCACCAAGCGGCUGCAUGAUCAUAUUGUCCGCUACCUGCGCGUUUUCGACAAGGACAGUGGCUUUGCGAUCGAGGCCUGCUACAGAUAUUCGCUCGAGGAGCAGCGCGGCGCCAAGAUAAGCUCGACGAAGCGCUGGUCGAAGAACGACAAGAUCGAGUGCCUGGUGGGCUGCAUAGCUGAGCUGACGGAGGCCGAGGAGGCGGCCCUUUUGCAUUCGGGCAAGAAUGACUUUUCCGUGAUGUAUAGUUGCCGCAAAAAUUGCGCCCAAUUGUGGCUGGGACCGGCUGCCUACAUUAAUCACGAUUGUCGCGCCAACUGCAAGUUUCUGGCCACCGGCAGGGAUACGGCAUGCGUGAAAGUCUUGCGCGACAUCGAGGUGGGCGAGGAGAUAACCUGUUUCUAUGGCGAGGACUUUUUCGGCGACUCGAAUCGCUAUUGCGAGUGCGAGACAUGCGAACGCCGCGGCACAGGCGCCUUUGCGGGAAAGGAUGAUGGUCUAAUGUUGGGUCUUAGCAUGGGAUUAGGCCUAACCACCAAUGGACCGGGCAACAAUGCCGGUGGCUAUCGGCUGCGCGAGACGGACAAUCGGAUAAAUCGCAUCAAGAGCCGGGCCAAUUCGACGAACAGCACGUCGAACAGUAAUAGCAAUACAAACGAUUCCACUGGCACCAGCGAGAGUAGCAGCACAAAUGGAUUGGCGGUGGUUUCUGGAGGAGGAGCAGCUGCAGGAGGAGCUUCUGUGCCUGCAGUGCCAUCACAGCCAUCAGCUGGCGGAAGCAAGGAGCUCACUGUAACUGCACCCGUUUCGCUGCUCGAAAAGAAACUACCGAAUGUUGUCGUCUCCCCGCUGACCAUGAAGGAGCUGCGCCAAAAGGGCAUGACCAAGUACGAUGCCGAGAUGAUAAUGGCCAAUGCAGCCUACCAGCAGCAGCACCAUCAUCAGCAUCAUUUCCAUCACCACCAUCAUCAUCAUCACCAUCACCACAAUCAUGGCCAGCAUGCGAGUACAGGAGCCGAGGCCACAGCGGCUGUUCAGCAAUUGGCAGCCAUGCAAAAGCCAGGAGGAGCAGGAGGAUCAGUAGCAGGAACAGGAGGAGGAACAGCAGUGGCCGGCGGAGCGGGCUCCGAGGUUAAUGGCAAUCGCUCCAGCAGUCUGCGCAAAUCGAUGCGUGUGAAUAGCACCAGCAGCAGCAUCUCCACAGCCUCCACGGAUGAGGCGGUGCCCGUGGUGGUGGCCACUAGUAUUCCGCUGCCCACCAAGGCGCCUGUUGUCCUGGUGCCACGUUGCAAGCCCGCCCAGAUGGCCAUUGCCGCCAUGCAACAGCGACAGCAGCGCCAGCUGAGACGCAGUGAACGCCAGAAGGAGAAGCUCACGGAUGGCGAGAGCAGCGACACCAGCAGCGAUCAGCAGCAGAAGAGGGAGCAGAAUCAGCAUCAGUUGGCGGAGGAGGAGCAGGCACAUCCGGUGGAGAAGCAGGAGCAGCAGCAGGAGAAGCGUGUGACGCGAAAUAGUGCGGGAAGAGGAGGAGGAGGAGCAUUGGUAGCCAGAUUAGCCACUGCCCAUAACAAUAACAUUGCAACCACAACAACAACAAACAGCAGCAGCAGCAGCAAAGCAACCACAACGAUUACAAAUUGUAAUAAUCAUAAUUGUAAUAAUAGCAGUAGAAUUAAUCAUAAUUCUAAUCUUAGCGGUAGACUUAGUGUUAAAUCGAAGAAGCCAGCACCAAGUGAGGCCUCGUCCACACCCUCAUCCACAUCCACAUCCACAGAAAAUCAGCAAAAUCAGCAACAGCAGCAGGCAACGCGUCGCAGCCAGAGUCCCGCCUACAAGAAGAACCUUUUGGCCAGCUUCGAUCCCGAUUUGGAUCAGCAAAAGAAAGCAGAAAACGAAGGACCCACACCGCCGGUGGUCAAACAGAAGCGAAGUCGCAGGGCAGCCGCCUUGGCAGCGGCGCAGAGCAUCCAUUGCGAGGCUCUCGGCGGAUUCUCAACGGGUUCCGGGGGCGGCGGGCAGCGCAAGAGGGCAACGCAGGCGGCGGCAGGAGAAGCUACAGCCACCUCAACCAUCAGUAAUGUGGAACCCCUGCUAAAGACACCAGAGCGCCGAUUAAAGCUAACGCUGCGCAUGAAACGUUCACCCAUCCUCGACGAAGUUAUUGAGCUCGGCACGAGUCUAAGCAACGGCGGCCGCAAUGCCUCUUCCUCUCAUCGCGGAGGAGGAUUAGGAGGCGGAGGAGCUGGAGCAGCAGGAGAGGGAGCUGCGCUAAAUCUCACCAACAGCAGUUCGAAUGGCAUUGAGUACGAGAUUCUGCGCAUGGAGGGCAUUUCCGAGCAUGGCAACGAUGAUGAGGAGGAUGAGGAGGAAGACGAUGAGCAGGAGGAGCAGGAAGAAGAUGAAGAGCCAGAGGAGGAGGAGCCACCACCGCCGCCUCUAAAAGAAGAGCAACAGCUGCUGCCCAGCAAGAAGCAGCGAAAGAAACAGCGCAGCCGUAGCAGGAGCAGCCAACGCAGAUCGCCGGCGCCGAGCAGCAGUAGUGUAUAUGGCACGCCGCAAAAGAAGCGACUACGCUUGAUCUUUGGCAAUGAAUCCCACACCAUAGACAUUCCACCAGCAGCAGGAGGAGCAGCAGAGGGAGAGGACUUGAACAGCAGCGGAGGAGGUGGUGAUGAGUCCUUCAAUGUCUCGUAUGCCAGCAGCACCAGUUUGACGGUGAAUACCUCCUCCAGCAGUACAAAUAGUUCAUCAGGAGGAGGAGGAACCGGAGGAGAGGCAGUGGACUCCUCCUCCACAGUGGGUGCCACUACGAUUGCAGCCCAAUCACCCUCAUCCACGACCAGCAGCUCCUUUCAAUCGGCCUGCACAUCGACGACGAACAGCAAUAGCUAUUUUCCGAAUGGCAAGCAAGGCGAGGAUUCGUAUGCGAUGCACUACUAUCAGCUGGGCAAGUUUUCCGGGACCUCGAGUCCUGGCCAAGGACAGGCCAUUGUGAGCAGCAGCAGUGGAGGAGGAGGAGGAGGAGGAGCAGCUGCUGGAUUCAUGAGCAUGCCCAAGCACACUUUCGGCACCUGCGCUCUCCUGGCGCCCACAAGUUUUGCUAGUUUGCAGAACCAGCCGCCGGGGAUUAGCCAGCAAAAGGGAGUGGUAACCACAUCCACAGCCACUUCGAAUGCGCCGAAUCAUCAUCAUAACAACCAUCAUGGCCAGAAAUAACCAACGACUGAUCUCCAAGCAAAUUGACUAAGCACAGCUGCCAUUGCCAAGAGAAGAGGAUGAGAAACCAGGAGGAGAAACCAGGAGAAUAUGGAAGGAUCGCUGCGCUGCUGGCGUCGUUGCCUCUGCUGCUGCUGCUGAUGAUCCUGUGAAACAACACACACACUUCCCAUAGAAGAACCCUAGUUUAAGAUCUUAGUCCAAGUAGAUCCUUUUUCCUAUAUACCCAUAUAUAUAUUCAGGAAGCUAACUAGAAAACAGGCUGACAAAUCGAAUCCGGAUAUAUAUAUAUAUACCUGAUUAUAAAUUGAUUUUUUUUUCGCUUUCUUUUUCUAUUUCUCUCUUUUUUCUCUUUGUGAUUGCUCCCCCCGUUUUUCUCUACAUUUUUAUUUUGUGUUCGCGUUGCAUGUUGUGCGUGUGUGUUGUGUGUUGUUUGGUGUGCUUUUCUUUUUGCAGGUGGAAAUUUAAGGCUUAGGAGUAGGAAAAGGUCGGAAAAGUGCGACGGCAGCCAGAGGAGGAACAGCAGCAGCAGCAGCAACGCCACCAGCAAAACGAAC